ACUCGCUGGUGCGGAGUCCCGGAAGCUGCGCUCUCCCAGGCUGGGCACGGGCGGCGGAGAAUGGCGGAGAGUCCGGCAGCGGAGGAGGCGGCGGCCGCGGCGGUGCUGGCGGCCGCCACGAGCGGCGGGGUCCCGGCGGGGCCCGGGGGCGGCGGGACGGGCAGCCCCGGCGUCUUCAUCCCGGCCGAGCUGUGGGCGGCGGCCGGGUUCGGGGCGCCCCCCGCGGGGGCCGGAGUCUCCCCCGGGAGCGGCGGGGCCCCCCUCGCCGGGCAGCCAGCGGCCGCCGCCGCCGCCGCCGGGGCCGCGCUGCUCCGUCACAACGCCGUCAGGGGCCCCACGGUGAGCGGCGACUGGGACAGCGAGAGGCCGAGCCCGGCCUGCCUGCUGCGGAUCAAACGGGAUAUCAUGUCCAUUUAUAAGGAACCACCCCCUGGAAUGUUUGUUGUGCCUGAUCCCCAUGAUAUGACUAAGAUUCAUGCAUUGAUCACAGGCCCAUUUGACACGCCUUAUGAAGGGGGUUUCUUCUUGUUCCUGUUUCGCUGUCCUCCAGAUUAUCCCAUCCACCCACCAAGGGUCAAACUGAUGACAACAGGGAAUAACACAGUGAGGUUUAACCCCAACUUCUACCGCAAUGGGAAAGUCUGCCUGAGUAUUCUAGGCACUUGGACUGGUCCUGCUUGGAGCCCAGCACAGAGUAUCUCUUCAGUCCUCAUCUCCAUACAGUCUCUGAUGACUGAGAACCCCUAUCACAACGAACCUGGCUUUGAGCAGGAGAGGCACCCUGGGGAUAGUAAGAACUAUAACGAGUGUAUUCGGCAUGAGACCAUCCGAGUAGCUGUGUGCGACAUGCUGGAAGGAAAGUGUCCCUGUCCUGAUCCUUUACGGGGUGUUAUGGAGAAGUCUUUCAUGGAAUACUUUGACUUCUACGAGGGUGCGUGCAAAGAGAGACUUCACCUCCAAGGACAGACAAUGCAGGAUCCUUUUGGUGAGAAACGAGGCCACUUUGACUAUCAGUCCCUAUUAAUCCGUUUGCAAGGAAUUCGGCUGAAGGUGCAAGAGAAACACCAGCAGGAGAAUGUAGAAAUAGACUCUGACAGCAGCUCCUCGGAGACAGAGACGGACACUCAAGGGAGCUCCAAGGCUUAGAGGUCUCUCUCUAAGUGAGAAACCCAAUCCUGGGGAUGGUUCUGUCUUCGAACUCUAGAAUUACCCCUGACAGACUUGAGAACCAAGCCAAUCCCAGAGUGGCUAGAGCUGGAAGAGGUCUUCUGUCUCCUUUAAUGCUCUGGUGGAUACUGAACAAGAGGACUUCAUGGUAGACAAAGCCAAGCUUGUGACAGGCUACUCAAAAAGGUACUUCCUAUGCUAGAAAGCUGGAGCAUGUGGCAUCAGGUUAUUUUGGAAACACCUAUACUGGGUGGCUUUUUUUUUUUUCUUUAUUGGAUUAAAACAAUGAGAUGUAGAAUGCAAGUCCGUUUUACAGCUUUUCAGUUCUUAAAUAGCCAGUAUGUGCCCUUCCCUCUGGCCAUGCUGAACUCCCAAGGACCAGAGCUGUAGGAGCACUUGGGUGGAGCCCAUAAUACUAAGGGGUCCACUUGCUGCUUGCCCAGGGUUAACUUCUGUCUGGGGAGAGGUGGGGCACAGGUGCUCUGCAUAAGCCCAUCUACCUGCUGAUGUCUCUUCUAGACAGACCAAAGAUAAACAGGGUGGAGUCUAGGCUUCUUUCUGAAAGCUUCAUCCAGUCCCUGGGUGGCUUUUGCUGGCUGGACUUUAGGUGGAAAAGGGGAAGUGGGGGGAGAAAUGGAUGCAAACUAUAAAAGCUUAUAAAUCAAGAGCAGAUGCCUUUACCUUGGAAACAUUGGAGAAAGAGAAUCACCGGUUCUUUUAAAACAACCCCCCACCCCCCCACAAAUCAAGGUUUUUGUUUUUUUAUGAUCUUGAUUGGAGUUGACAUGUUCUACUUUGGCUCUUCUAAAUGGAAGUGCUGUUUCCUUGACCGCUGUUUGCUUUCAGCCCCUGAAGUCAGUGGUUUGUUUUGUUUUUUUCCUUUUUCGGUUAAUAUUUUGAUCCAGGCUAAAUUAAAUGCUAGGAUAAGGGA